GGGGAGCGCAUGCGCCCGGCGGCUCCUGAGGCGGGGAGGAGGCGCGGGGAGGAGGGGUGGCCGCUUCCCCCCAUUUAGCGGUGAGGGAGCGGCGCGGCGCUUGCGGCUGCCGGCGCGGGAGAAGCCGGGCGGCCGCAGGGGACUGUCGUGAGGGGGGGCGGGGGGAGCCACUGUAGCUGCGGCCACCGCUGCCUGCUCCUCCUCCUCCGCGAAGCGCCCUCCACCCCGCCCUUCCCCGCCCGGGACCGAGUCUGGUGGCCACAAAAUGGCGGAUGGGGAGCUGAACGUGGACAGCCUCAUCACCCGCCUGCUGGAAGUACGAGGAUGUCGUCCUGGGAAGAUUGUUCAGAUGACCGAAGCAGAAGUUCGGGGCUUGUGCAUAAAAUCGCGGGAAAUAUUUCUUAGCCAGCCUAUUCUCCUGGAACUAGAGGCACCUCUGAAAAUUUGUGGUGAUAUUCAUGGUCAGUAUACAGACUUGCUUCGAUUAUUUGAAUAUGGAGGAUUCCCACCGGAAGCUAAUUAUCUUUUCCUUGGAGAUUAUGUGGACAGAGGCAAACAGUCUCUGGAAACAAUUUGCCUAUUACUGGCAUAUAAAAUCAAGUACCCGGAAAACUUCUUUCUCUUAAGAGGAAAUCAUGAGUGUGCUAGCAUCAAUCGGAUCUAUGGAUUCUAUGAUGAAUGCAAGCGAAGAUUUAACAUUAAGCUGUGGAAGACCUUCACAGACUGUUUUAACUGUCUGCCUAUUGCAGCCAUUGUGGAUGAGAAGAUCUUCUGUUGUCAUGGAGGACUGUCUCCAGAUCUCCAGUCAAUGGAGCAGAUCCGGAGAAUUAUGAGACCUACAGAUGUUCCUGACACAGGUUUGCUGUGUGACCUGCUAUGGUCUGACCCAGACAAAGAUGUGCAAGGUUGGGGUGAAAAUGAUCGUGGGGUGUCUUUCACUUUUGGUGCUGAUGUGGUCAGUAAAUUUCUGAAUCGUCAUGAUCUGGAUUUGAUCUGUCGAGCUCACCAGGUGGUUGAAGAUGGAUAUGAAUUCUUUGCUAAACGGCAGUUGGUCACCCUAUUCUCAGCUCCAAAUUAUUGUGGAGAGUUUGACAAUGCAGGGGGCAUGAUGAGUGUGGAUGAAACUCUGAUGUGUUCCUUUCAGAUAUUGAAACCAUCUGAAAAGAAAGCCAAGUACCAGUAUGGUGGACUGAAUUCUGGGCGUCCAGUCACUCCACCUCGCACAGCUAAUCCACCGAAGAAGAGGUGAAGAAAGGAAUAAUGUAGAAACACCAUCAGAUCUGUCAAGGACAAAACUCCAUAUUACAGUAUAUAAUAAGUGUGCACUGUAAAACCAUCCAGCCAUUUGACACCCUUUAUGAUGUCACACGUUUAACUUAAAGAGACGGGUAAAGGAUCUUUAUUAAUUUUUUCUAGUAGAAAGAUGUGCGACACUGUAUUGUAACAAGUAUAGCUCCAAGUUCUAAUAUCCAGCAUAGAGUAAAAAAAAUAUUAGGAAAAAACUAUUGCAACUACAUAUUCACAUUUACCACGGUUUUUAAAGUUGACCAACAUCCCAGUUAAAACUUGAUGUAAUAGUUAAACCAGAUGAGAGCAUGAUGUUCCAUUUGUGUAAUGUGGUCUUAUUGUUGCUUGAUUGCUUUUACUUUGGUUAUUUUGUAGCUAGAAUGAUGCGAAUAUGGUAUCUAGUCUUAUUUCCCAACUCUCUUUGAAAUUGAAGUAAGGAAGGGGCUUUUUUUAGAACAGCCAUUGAUCUCUUAUCCUCCCCCAAGCCUCCUAUUGUUCAUAAUAAUGCCACCCAAACGUGUGCCCCAUUAUAAUACAAAGUUUAUAGUAUGGUAGUGAUUAAAAGGCAAACUAAAGUCCAAAAUGCCCAGACUGGACAGCUAGCCAACAUAAAUUGAGACAGAAAAACCUGUCUUGAAUUUUAACUUAAACUGCCACACAAAGAAUUUGUGCACUACACUGUUUUAAAUUAUUGACGUUACACUGUGCUAUGGCACUUCAUUUAACUUAGAUAAGACAAAAAUGGUAUUGCCUAUUAGUUGGUAACUUGAUUAUGUGGUACCUUGGCUUUAGUUUUAUUAGCAUGAAACACCUUUGGCAUGCUUAGCUUCCAGGUAACUCCCUACCUGCAUCAAAAUUCAUCUUGCAUAGUUCCACAGAACAUGAAGAUCCUUGUUUGCUAAGCCUUUGAAAGCUGACAUUCUUUUCCAUAAGACAGUGUGUUUAAAUGAAUGCUCAUCAACGGACACUAGGCUAGCUGACAAGUAGUGAGCUGAAAAUGCUGUAGGAAUGUCCAACGUGACUAUAAGGCUUAUGUCACUAAAGAUUAUAUCCUUUGGAUUUUCAUGAUCAAAUUUCAUAUACUAUUGUAUAGACUUCUGCUUUGUAGUGGACUAUAGUAGCAAUAAUUUCUGUACAUGAUCAAGAGUUAUGCAGUAUUUCUUUUCAGUUCUCUCCUUUCUUAAGAGUUAACAGUGGCAAAUGGCAAGAUACAGAGAAGAUACAAAAUAUAUAGCAGGAUAAACGAAAGGCACAGAUUUGUGAUGCUUUAGAAUGCAAUACUUACUGGAUAUAACUACAAAAGCUUUUAUUGAAUAUUGUCAAAUUGUGAGAUUCUGUGGGGGAAGGCUUCAGAUUUAUACCAUUCUAAAUGUGCAUCAGUAGAUGUAAAACUCUUGACUUCAGUAUUGUCUUUGAAAAUGUUAAAUUGAGGAUUCUGGUAACUUACAUUUUAUGAACUGGCACAUUAUAUAAUGCAAGAGAUAUAUUGAUUUCUGACACAGUGAGCAAGUUCUUUAAAAUGGAUUUAAGUCUCUUUUCUAAUUCCAUUUUGUUUUAAAUGCAUAUUUUAAAUGUAGUUUUUUUUUCAUUUAGUAAAAGUUGUCUAAUUCAUUUGAAUGAAGUCUGACUGGUUAUUUUAUUAUACCUUACUGUUAUUCAAGUAGUAUGGAGUUUGUUUUUUUAAAAAAAAACCCACACCAAAAUUACAGCAUAUAUAUCUGCUGUUGAUUUAUAUUGCAUUGGUCUGUGGUUUUGAACAGUGGUUUAAUUUACUGCCCCUUGAAGCAAGCACCAGAAUUUCAGUACAUAAAAUGUAGAAGUAGAUUUCUUCUGAUAUUGCUCAAAGGCACUUGUUCUUGAAAGUCAGUGAUGAGAACUGUGUAAGUGAGAGUAACUUCAGUUUGUGACAAAGUGAUUGAUGAAAUCUCUUCUGUAAGCCUUGACAGGGUAACUUCCUGCUCUAAGUCAUUGCUUGAGGUUUAGUUUUACAAGUUUUGAAAAUGCUGGGUUGUACCAUGUGCCAGCCUCUAUAAGAAGCAUCAUGUUACCAAACAUCUGGAUUAACACUUUUCCAUUUUUUUCUUAGUUUCUGGAACAGUGUCUUCUGUAUCAUGAAAUGUCCAGGUGUAAAGCUGUAUGUUAUGUGAGUACCUGACAUGCUUGCUUGUGUUACAGAUGCUAUGUCAAAAGGAAAAUAAAAGUCUUCAGGUCUUCUUACAUGUCCUAAAGAAA